AUGUUCACGAUCUCAUGGCCGUCACUACCGAAACUUGGUCUAUCGGUCUUCUCGAAGAAAGGCGCUAUUGACCUUCGCCCGGUCAAGGUGCAUGAGAGCGAGACUGCGCAGGACAAACCUGGUCGAGCUUUGAAGCAUUUAUUGAAAUUGAAUCAUGUUGAGCAUGGGCUGUUUUUGAGAGGGUCUUUGGCUAGUCAGUUACCUGAACUAUUAUGUGCCUCUUUUCUGCAAGGUGCUGGUGAUGAGGAUCUAGGGCGGAUUUAUGAAGAUCAUGUCAACUCUCAGGUUAAAUGGAUAGAUUCACCUGCUGAAGUUACGCAUCUUGAUUGGAGGGAUUAUUUGGGGUGUCGAGAAUAUGACCGGGCAUUUGUCAACUUCUUUGAAGAUGAGCUAGCUCGUCUUGGUUAUGAUUGGAGAGAAGUCGUUGCCGAAUACCUGUUUGAAGGCAAUGAGCCUAUGUUUAAUUCUAUUAUGGGUGGUCUUGGAGCCCCCUUGAUCCAUCUCGCGCAUGCCUUCGAGGUCUCCAGCCGCGAAAUGGCAAUGGAAGCCCUUGGCCUCACUGCAACCUGCCACAAUAGCACUUUCAAAGACAUUGAAAAAGCGGCACAGUCAAACAAGGCAACAUACGAAUCAAAAUCACUCUUCGAAAUCUUGGACCAUGUCCGCCAAGAUAAAGAGCUAGACAAUCUGUUCAGCAAAUCAGACACUCAAAAUCUCAAGACUCUCAUCACAUCCCGCAACCAUUUGCUACUGAAGCACUGGAGUGCAUGGAAAAUCGAAAAUGCAAUGGAACAGUUCCGCGAAAGCCAAGAACUUGCCGCUGCAUUACUAGUUGCCACAUCCGAUCCCGAAAAUGCAAACAACGGGCUAUACAAUUCGCUUUUUGCAGUUCUACUCACAACUAGCCAUGCGAUGCGUGUGGUGCUACCCUUGAUCCCUGCGCAAUUCCAGAUCCCGCUUCUGCAUCAGUGGUGGCUGACUACAGUUGCAAUCUAUAUCGCCCAAUUGCGACCUGAGAUUGAUAUGGAUCGAAUUCGUGGUUAUGAUCUCAUGGGGAGGAACUGGGAGUGGACGGCAGAGAAGGCUGUCAAGGGGCAGUUUGCGACAGAUACACAGUUCGUUGAGGCUAUUCGUGCUUUGAGAGAGCUAUCAUUGACAUGGGGUGAUUCCGAGAGCUUCUUCCUUAAGGCUGCUGUGAGGUUUACUGAUGAGUUCCAAGGCUGGAAGGGCGAUUUUGUUGGGGAUGAAUUGUAG